AAUGUUAAUACGUUGCUUUUUUUUUCUUUUUUUUUUCUCGUCAAAAUCAUUUCUUUGAAUCCAAAAUCUAGCACUUUUCCUAUCCACCCUUCCCCGAUUUUCUCUCCGAAAAUCACAGAGAUAUACAGUGGCAUUUAAGUUACAUGGCUGAGUCAAAGCCUAGUGAUGGAUCUAGUACAAGUGAUGUGUGUGGUGGAAGUUCAGAAUCAACUCUUCAGCUCAAUGUCAAGACCCUGGAUUCACGGAUUUACAGCUUCCAUGUGGAUAAGAAUAUGCCUGUAUCAGCAUUUAAGGAGAAAAUAGCAAUUCAAAGUGGUGUUCCUGUUGGGCAGCAGCGUCUAAUUUUUAGGGGCAAGGUCUUGAGGGAUGAGCAUCGUCUUUCAGAAUAUAAUGUGGAAAACGGGGAUACAUUACAUUUAGUUGAAAGGCAGCCACAGCCUUCUACUGGGUCUAGCUCUGGAGAGGCAACCUCAAACAAUGGCGUUAGAGGACAGGAUUCUGCUGGUGGGCCACGCCAUCGUAUUGGGCCAGUUGCGCAUAGUAUUGUAUUGGGGACCUUAAAUGUUGGGGAUCCUGGCGAAGCUGUUGUGCCAGAUAUAAGUCGGGUGAUUGGGGCUGUAUUGAACAACAUUGGGAUCACUAACCUGACAGGAGGCUUGCAACCAGGGCAUCCGGCCUCUCAUGGAAAUGCAACAGAAGCAUCCCAGGGUCAGGCUGGCAGUGAAAAUCAGGGUGGAAAUCAGUCCAUCCCAUGGCAAGCCUUCCAUGGCCCACCUGCAUCCCAUGCUAUGCAAAUCCCACUGGGAGCAGCAGUUGCUAUUCCAUCUUUGAACAUGCCAGUUCCUGAUUCAUUGAGCACACUUGUUGAAUAUAUGAACAGAAUGGAACAGGCUUUGCAAAAUGGAAAUCAACCCAAUCAGUCCACUGCUAGCGGUAGCACUCCUGCUACUGUAUUGCCUCCAAAUUCUCGUGGUUUACCAACAGUUGAAGGCCUGAGCAUUGUCUUACAGCGUGCUCAACGUCUCCUUGGUGAACAUGCCGUCCCAGCGAUUUCUCGAACUGCAGUUCGUUUGGAUGAAGGAAGGGGGUCGAAUGAUCCUACCGUAAGGGGGCAAGUACAGACAGAAUCCAUUCAGUUCGGCAUGGCCAUGCAGCAUUUAGGUGCUCUUUUCCUAGAGCUUGGGAGGACUGUUUUGACUCUUCGCAUGGGACAAACUCCUGCUGACUCUUUCGUGAAUACUGGGCCUGCUGUGUAUAUAUCUCCAUCCGGGCCUAAUCCGAUUAUGGUCCAGCCAUUUCCUCUCCAAUCUACCUCUCUUUUUGGCGGUUCAUCUGGUGUUUCAACGAGUCACGUACCUCUGGGUCCAGUUGGUGUUGCUACAGUUCCAAGGAAUGUAAAUAUUCACAUCCAUACAGGGGCAGCACUGGCACCUACAGUCUCUACAGUUGGUAACAGAGCUCCUAAUGGAGAAGGAAUGCAAGGGCAAGCUGCCAAUGCAACUGCAUCUGCUGAUUAUGGUCAAGCUCAUGGAACCACUGGGUUAAACAUUACCAGAACUUCUAUUCAGUCACAACCUAUCUCAUUUUCUGCUUCCGGUGCUGUACCAACUGGUACUGUUGACCAACAGCCUCCACAAUCUACAUCUAUUUCCUCAACUUUAGCUGAUCUCAGCUCCCAGAUGAGAAGUUUAGUUCUUAACAUGCAGGGUGAAAACAAUGCACCAUCAGGUCAACCAGAUAGUUCAAGUAAUCAAGAGGAAUGUGCCCGGUCUGGUGCCAGAGAUGCAGACAUCGGAAGAACUGGUACCACAGCUGCUGAGACCAGCAAUAUGGAUGACCAGAAGGUCGAAACUUCCUACCACAAACCCAAAUUUGAGCCUUCUAUUGCUUCUGAUGGAGCCUCACAUGAAAUGUCAAGCACAUCCAAGCAAGGUAACAAUAGCACUGGUGGUUCUUCAAAUGUUCCAAUCGGAUUGGGAGUUGGAGGCCUUCAACCUAAGAGGCGAGGUAAGCAGCCACCAGCACAACCCAAGGAUGUUGAUGGUUCACACACUGAUAGUCAGGGAAAGCAAGCUAGAGCAGUUGGUCAACACGUUUUGCAGUCACUUGCAUCUCUUUCAAAAAGUGGAAAUACAAAUCCUUCACCCUCAGCACAAACACCUAAUAUUGCCAGUGGUGUGGAAACUAGUCUGCCAGCAGCAAGGCAAAAUGUUGAUGGCCAAAGUGAUUUGGCAGAUGCAAUGUCCCAGAUUCUGCAGGGUCCUGCUCUAGAUGGCCUAUUGUCUGGAGUUUCACAACAGACGGGGGUCGGGUCACCAGAUAUGCUGAGAAAUAUGUUGCAACAGUUCACUCAAAAUCCUACAAUGAGAAAUACAGUUAAUCAGAUUGCACAGCAGAUGGACAACCAAGAUCUUGGAAGCAUGUUUUCAGGUAUGGGUGGAGGCCAGGGAGGAGGAUUUGAUUUGUCAAGAAUGAUGCAACAGAUGAUGCCUAUUGUUGCUGGGGCUUUAGGAGGUAUUUCGUCUGGUUCUGAAGUAGCGUCCCCAGCAGAACCUGCGCUAUUGGAGAAUAGGUCAAGAAGAGGGAUGUCAAUAACUAAUGGUGACCCUCAGCAGAUUGAUCUCCAACAAGUAGUUCAGAGGCUUACAAAUAAUGGUUCAUCUCGGGAAGUUUUCCACUCUCUAGUAGACGGGGCAGUAAACCUUUUGGGUGAUGGCAGUGCUGUGGAACAUCUUGUAAACGAGUUGGGCAGUCAGGAAGGGCUCGUUCAGGAAUUCAUGGAAAUGUUCCACCAUGACGUAUCACGAAGAAUUCUCGAUGACCCAGAAUCUUAGGAACUCUUAUCUACUCACCCUUAUUAUGCUUCUGUUCAUACAAAGCCGUCUGGUAGCAGGAAACUGAACUCAUUUGUGGUCUGCUUUUGUCGCAAUUACAAGUGAUUUUGUCCAAACAGGUAGGGUGUAUAAAGAAUUGAUCUUCAAGUACCUUUGCACAUGACAUUGCUUGAAAUUAUGUUGCAGACGGCUUUGAAUUGCUGGUUGAGGAAUAUUCACAUGGCCUUGAUUUAUCAAGUUUUAGUUUUUCUUUUCAA